UAAUUAGCAGGUGAUCAUUUCUAAUUUGUUGCUGAAUAACAGAAUUUUUCUGCGAGCCGUCUUAUCACUUCAAGAAAUUAAGACUACAGAAGUUUAUUUAUAGAUCAACGUCGUGUAUAUAAGCAAAUGUUGUUUUUCCACCAGGCUAAUUGUUGGUGGUUUGUUUUGGGGAGAGCACCGAUUUUUUUAUCAAAGUAGGCGAGAUGAGAAAUAUUCCUUCACUGAUCUUCUUACUGGCGGUCUUGGCUUCGUCCAUGAGCUUUCCGAUGAACAACGCCGAUUUCAACGCUGCUGCUUACAAAGAAGGCAGCGGUAAUCCGAGGGCUUAUCCGCAAUAUUAUUAUUAUCCUGACCCUGCUCCUGUUCAACGGCGACAGGACGAGAUCCUGGAUACGGCCCAUAGGGUGGUGUACACCCCCAUAUUUAGAUAUAAGAAGAAACUGUCGAAACAGCCGAUUAAGAGAGAUCCGUACCGUUAUAGAAAAGUUAAUAGGAUAAUGCCGGCGUAUCUUAUUUAGAUUUAAGGAUUAUUUUAAAGCUGUUGGAUGUAGUAGAUAUUUAUUUAUUUAUUUAUUACAACUGCCUGUUACUUUUUU